CGGGGCCGCCCCGCCCGAGCCCCGGCGGGAGCGCGGCGCGGCGGGGCCCUACGCCGAGCUGUAUGAAAACCCCUGGACCAUCCCAAAUAUCCUGUCCAUGGCGAGAAUGGGUCUGGCGCCAGUUUUAGGCUAUUUGAUUGUUGAAGAGAAUUUCAACGUCGCACUCGGUGUCUUUGUCCUGGCUGGCGUGACAGACCUGUUGGACGGAUUUAUUGCACGGAACUGGGCUAAUCAGAAAUCAGCACUGGGAAGUGCUCUCGAUCCCCUGGCGGAUAAAAUCCUCAUCAGCGUGCUCUACGUGAGCCUAACUUGUGCAAAUCUUAUCCCAGUUCCCCUGACUUCCAUGAUUAUCCUGCGGGAUGCGGCGCUCAUUGCCGCCGUUUUUUACGUGCGAUACAAAACUCUUUCUCCACCGAGAACACUGAGUAGGUAUUUUAACCCCUGUUAUGCUACUGCACAAUUAAAACCAACAUUCAUCAGCAAGAUGAACACAGCAGUUCAGCUGAUUUUGGUGGCGGCUUCUUUAGCAGCACCUGUUUUCAAUUAUGUGGACAGCAUAUAUCUGCAGACAUUAUGGUGCAUCACAGCUUUCACAACGGUGACAUCUGCCUACAGCUAUUACCACUAUGGCAGGAAAACUGUCCAGGUGAUCAAGAACAAGUGAAGUGGUCUGGGUGAUAAAAGGGGAAGUGUUCCUGGAAAGGCAGGAAGGUGCUGUGCCCCCAGAGGUGGUGGUAUUGCAGCUGAGUUUUGGAUCAAAGCACUCUUUGUUUUUCUGCUUAAACCAUGGCAUCACAAUGAAGUGAAAUUUGAACAUGUACUGUGUAUAUAUGUAGAGACAGACUUUUUGAUGUAUUUUUAAUUUCUUGAAAAAUGAAGUUGUUUACAAAAACAAAUAAAUAAUUCUUAAAAACA